AUGGAUUCAGAAUACCAAGGUCUAUUGAACAGCAAAGAAAGAGAAGAUGAAACCAACGGGGCUCACAUCGCCGAGAAGGUGGAAAAAGGAGGAGAAACCAUUGAAAAUACUUUGAUGAAAUUAAAUGUGAGGUACCAAACGUUAUUCUUUUCAUCGGGAGUAAUGACCGUUUUCUGUGGCAUAAUAUCAUUACUGGAAUCGUUAAGAUAUUUUUACUUCACCAAUUUUGUGGUCUCCACCUUUUUAAUCACCAUGGGGCUUAUCAUGAUGAUUUUGGACAUUCCGGGAACGCCAAGAUGGGCCGCAAAGCAUAGGAUUAUGAUAAGGAAGUACAUAAAAUUUUUAACGAGGUUGACGGGGAAGGCAGUUUGGUUCUUCUUUUUAGGAUCGAUGUCGUGUUUGAACCUAUGGCCGCACUCGAAAAAGGUUACCUUCUUUAGAUCGUUCUGGGUCGUCCUAUUCAGUAGCUUUAUCCUUGGAGUUGCCGUAGUUGGCUUUUUAAUAGCAUUAAGAAAAUCAUUAAGAUUGGAAAAAUUAAAAAAGACGAUCAAGCUGGUAUCGAAAGGGGCCUACAUUGAUUGUUACAGAAAAUAUAGUGUAGCAGAUCCAGACCACGGAAUGCAAUUUGAAGAAUUCAAUAGGAUGUGUUCAGAUCACACAAAUGGAUAUAUAUAUUUUGACUUCUUGGAUUUAUUUAUCAUUUUUAAUGCCCUAGAUGAGCAUCAGAAAUGUUCCAUAAAUGAACGAGAAUUUUUGGAGUGGAUAAAUGGUCCCGUCACGUACUUAUGA